UUUAGGGUUAGCUCAAUGAUUUCCCACCGGCGCGCAGCCUCUCCAUUUCUAUAUCCGUCAGUCGCCGGUUCGCCCUCUCCUCCCUCUCCCCCCGUCUCCGCCGCAGCAGCUGAGAUCGAACCCCCAAUGGCUGCCCUGACCCGCCUCCUGCCGAGGGCUCCCCUGACAUCCCGCGUCUCCGUUUCCUUCCUCCAGAGGUGCUCGUCUUCAUCGGCCCCGGCGUCCCACUCUGACAGUCAGAUCUCUCCUCCUCCUUUUACCUUCUCUCCCAACCUCACUCGGAGAGAUCCGAAGGACAGGAACGUGCAGUGGGUGUUCCUAGGCUGUCCUGGCGUGGGGAAGGGCACGUACGCGAGCCGGCUCUGCAACCUCCUCGGCGUCCCUCACAUCGCCACCGGCGAUCUCGUCCGCGAUGAGCUCUCCUCCUCCGGCGCGCUUUCUGAUCAGCUCAAGGAGAUUGUAAAUCAAGGCAAGCUGGUGUCAGAUGAAAUCGUUCUGAGCUUAUUAUCAAAGAGGCUCGAGGCUGGGGAAGCUAAAGGCGAAUCAGGUUUUAUCCUUGAUGGUUUCCCUCGCACUAUAAGACAAGCGGAAAUAUUGGAGGGGAUGAUAGACAUUGAUUUAGUAGUCAACUUGAAGCUCAGGGAAGAUGUCUUGAUAGAGAAAUGCCUAGGGAGAAGACUUUGUAGUCAGUGCGGGAAGAAUUUCAACAUGGCCUCCAUCAAUGUGAAGGGUGAGAAUGGGAACCCUGCUAUCAGUAUGGCCCCUCUUCUUCCACCAGCAAAUUGCAUGUCGAAGCUCAUCACUCGCGCUGAUGAUACCGAGGAAGUAGUGAGAGAGCGGCUUCGUAUAUACAGUGAGAAGAGUCAGCCAGUCGAGGAUUUCUAUUGUAGUCGAGGAAAGCUGCUAGAGUUUGACCUGCCUGGUGGGAUCCCAGAAUCUUGGCCGAAGUUACUUGAAGCUCUCGAUCUCGAUGAUUAUGAGGAGAAACGAUCAGCCGCAGCUUGAUAACUUAACACUUUGAAUCUUUUACACCUACUUUUUAAAGGUAAAAGUAUCAUUCUUUGCACGGACAGUGCAUUCAACAAUUUUGUUUGAGCAGAGUUUCUCUUUCAUUUCUUUUCUGCUGUGAGAUAAGAUACCUGUGAACCAAGUCUUCCCGUGAUCUUCAGGGAGGCUUGGGAUGUUUGCAUAAAUGAUCGAGUGUAUUAUCGUGAGAUAGCGAAAAAUGCCAUUGAUAUGUUAGCUGAAGAGGUAAUCUCUCAGAAGUGUAAUAAGCAUUCAUAAAUCACAGACUGCUACUUGAAUUGCAAACAAUUUCAAGGAUUUUCCCUUCCUGUCCUUGUAUU